AUGAACGUGAUAGAAGAGUUUGAUUGGGAGUUAUCUGAUGAGUUUUUGGAUGAAAAUGCUUCAGUUUCAAAUGUCAAUGUAUCUGAGAAUCUUGACAAGAAUAUGGCGAAGUCAUUGUUUUGUCGCAAGAAUGAGAUCUGGAAGAUUUCUGAAACUGAGUCGUUCUUUUUGAAUAAAUCGGAAGUGAUGCUUUCGAUUGAGCCUGAGACAUUACUGAGCAAAGAUGCUGCACUCCCAAGGAAAGCAUUACCUUUUAAGAAAUCGAGUUAUCAAGGUCCAUAUCCCAAAUCUAAGCUUAAGAGUGAUAUGAAGGUUCUUCUUAAUAAAGUAAAGAGGAUAAGGAGUUAUUCUGAUGCUAAGAGUGGACAUCAAAAGCUAUUAAUGAAACAUAAGAAAGACCUCCUACACAAAAGAAGUAGGUUAGUAAGAGCAGUAACGAUUCAUGACUGUGAGCCUCCCAAAUGUGCUUUAUAAGCUUAAUUAACUAUAAUUCCUACUGAACUAAUUA